AUGGCGAAACGCACCAAGAAGGUUGGAAUCGUGGGCAAAUACGGGACCCGUUAUGGUGCCUCCCUCAGGAAAAUGGUGAAGAAAAUUGAAAUCAGCCAGCAUGCCAAGUAUACCUGCUCCUUCUGUGGCAAAACCAAGAUGAAGAGAAGAGCUGUGGGCAUUUGGCACUGUGGUUCCUGCAUGAAAACAGUAGCUGGUGGUGCCUGGACCUACAACACCACUUCUGCUGUCACAGUAAAGUCUGCCAUCAGAAGACUGAAGGAAUUGAAGGACCAGUAG